AUGCAUUCUGUCGACCUCCACGGUAGUCUCCGCAAAGGAGACCCCGUCAAGUUCUUCUCGAAGGACUGUGCCGGCCUCGUGGCGGCCACAUUUGCGUCGUCGUUUUCGGCUGAUUGCCUCAAUAACGUGAUCGGUCCGAUGUUAAUGAAGCAUUUUUUCUUCAGCGCAAACGAGUUGGAAGCUUCGCGUCGUCUGAUUGCGAUGCCUUCCGCUUUCUCCUUCAUUUUUGGGUUGCUCUCGGAUUGCUACCCGAUCAUGGGGUUCCGACGCAAGGCGUAUUUGAUCGUCAGCCUGGUGACAACCGUGUUGAGCUACUUCAUCCUUUCAGCAUUGAACAUGUAUGGCGAAAGCCUCGAACAAGGUACCGCAAGCACCGUGUUGGCAGGAGGCAUGAUGCUGUUCUCAUCACUCGCUAGUAUUGGAAACAUGGUCACGUACAUGUGCGUUCACACUCGAGUGAUCGAGCUGGCUCAACGUGAACCGCUAGUUAUGCGUGGCUCUGUCAUCGCGACCUAUCAGAUCUUCCGAUAUGCGGUCUUCGCUGCCACGAGCGCUGGUAUUUAUGUUGUUCGGAACAACGUGGCGCACCAUAGCACGGAGUUGAUUGGAUUUGGCUUCGUCAUAUCUCUCGCAAUCCCGCUUGUGUGGAAUGCUUGGGUGGAAAAGUAUUACUCACUUUCGACUUCGAUAAGGACUCGCGGCCAGAUUCUAUGGAGAGUCAUGCAGCAGAAAGCAGUGUGGAGCAUUCUCGUAUUUUCGUGCAUCUCAACCUUAUUCAACACCAUCAGGUUUCGAGAUCACGAGUUACUUGUGAGCUUUUGGGCGGGCGCUAGCAGUGACAACAUAUAUUUACUGCAAACCAUGAGCUUCACCACGGUAAUGUUGAUGGACAUAGCGUGGCGCUACUUCUUUAUGAAUCGACCGUGGCGUGCAUUUUAUGCAAUGUCCACUGUGCUGCUCGUGGUGUCUAAAAGCAUCCAGGCUACGUGCGUUAUUCUGGACAUUGUUCGGAACCGAUACUUCUACCACGCGAUGAAUGUAUUCGCAAGUAUGUCAGGCGCUAUCUCCUGUCUAGCAAGUAUAGUACCUCUCACGGAGAUCAUCCAAGAAGGCUCUGAAGGUGCCAUGGUUGGAUUGAUGAUGUCGCUGUACUUUUUGGUCGUCACCUUCGUUCAGACAAACUCGAUGGGGCUGUUCAAAGGCGCAAACUUCUACGAAACUGAUGACGUUGGAUCAGACUCCCCGGAAGCGCGUUUGAUUGUGCUUAAGACGAUCUAUAUAUGCUAUGGCAUUAAUGCCUUGGCACUCAUUGGUAUCUUCUUCUUACCGCGACAGAAGCUUGACACGCAGCAGAUUCGAAGUUACGGCGGAUAUACCAAGUGCGUGAGUGCUACUGUCCUCGCGUUCGUUGUGGUGCUCUUUUCGUACUCGCUGAUUGUCACGAUACUCACGUUGGUGCCAUCGACGUCUUGCUUGGGCAUUGCUGGUGGAGAAGGCUGCUAG